CGGGAUUACGAAUUGUGGCGCCGAGGCACCGCUCCGGAGUUGGCCGGGAAAGGGAGUUCCAUCAGCCGACCCUCCACUAUAUUCCUGUUGGCCCUUACAGCAGCUGUCCUUGUACUGACUGAAUAGUUGGGACAAUGGGAGUCACUAGUCUGUGGCAGAUCCUGGAACCUGUAAAAGAACAUGUCCCCCUCAGCCACCUUAAAGGAAAGACACUAGCUGUUGAUUUAAGCCUCUGGGUGUGUGAAGCACAGAAUGUUAAAAAGAUGGUUGGCAUAGUCACAAAGCCUCACCUCAGGAAUCUUUUUUUCCGAGUGUCUUCAUUAACAUUAAUGGGGAUCCGUCUGGUAUUUGUGAUGGAAGGAGAUGCUCCAAAGCUGAAAGCAGAUACAAUGAGUAAAAGGUCAGAGAUUCGCUUUGGGCCCUCCAACAAAUCUGGGACUGCAAGAACAGGGAGAUCUCAUUUUAAAUCUUUCUUGAAAGAGGCAAGUUUAUCUGGUUGCCUGGAGAUGCUGGAGUGCUUAGGCAUCCCGUGGGUCCAAGCAGCUGGUGAAGCAGAGGCCAUGUGUGCCUAUCUGAAUGCAAAAGGCUAUGUGGAUGGCUGCAUCACAAAUGAUGGAGAUGCCUUCCUGUAUGGAGCUCAAACAGUCUACCGGAAUUUUACCAUGAACAUAAAGGACCCGCAUGUUGACUGCUAUUCAAUAUCCUCUGUUGAGGAGACACUAGGCUGCAACAGAGAGCAUCUGAUUGGAUUAGCAAUUCUUCUUGGCUGUGAUUAUCUCCCUAAGGGAGUUCCUGGAGUUGGAAAAGAACAGGCUUUAAAACUGAUUCGGACUUUAGGAGGGCAGAGUUUGCUGCAGAGAUUUGAACAAUGGAAAGACCCCUUUCAAUAUAGUGAUAUCCCAGCUAUACCGCUUAAAAAGGUGAUUCACUGUACAAUAUGUCGUCAUCCAGGCUCCUUUAAAGAUCAUGAAUGCAUUGGAUGUCAGUUUUGUGAAACAGUGGGGUUCUGCAAACCCCAUGAGGCAACAUACCUCUGCCCUUGUGACUGGCACUUCUCAGAGCGAGAUCGACAAGUGAGGAUAGCGGAGGACAGCAUUAGAAAAAAAGCUAAAGCAUGUGAAGGCUUUCCAUUCCCUGAGGUUAUCCAAGAGUAUCUCCUCAGCAAAGAUAAGCUGAUGAAGUCAUAUGAGUGCCGAAGGCCAAAUUUGUUGUCUUUUCAGAAGUUUGCCUCUAAGAAAAUGGACUGGCCUAAGCAUUACGCAUGUGAGAAACUGUUUGCUCUUUUGGCAUAUUAUGACAUGAACAGAAGGAAGGCUGGCCACACUGACCCAUGGCAGCUGCAGGCACUACGGAUACUCAAGACACGAACUAAAAAUGGGACUCCUUGUUUUGAAGUUGAGUGGCAGAAGCCAGACCAUUAUGCAACAGCAGAUGAUCAGCCCGUGGAGCACUUUUUAAUAACAACAGAAGAGUCAUCGUUAUUUCAGGCUGCUUACCCUGAAAUUGUUACUCUGUAUCAAAUGGAGAAGUUGGCAGUUUGCAAAGGAAAAAAGAAAGGUAAAAAGGCUAAAAAGAAAGAAGACUCGGUAGGCGAGGGCGAAGUUGCAGAUCUUCUUUCUCGGCUGAACUUGCAAUCGUCAUGUGAGAUCUUUCCUAAUCAUAAUCCCAAAUAUGAUUUUAAAUCUUACUGUCAGACUUUGCCAAAACUGGACUCUAAAUCUCAGGAACCAUUUGUAUCCUCAUGUUUUUCUGCCGAAGUCUUGCAAAAUCAAAAUUCACCUUCUGCCUUGCUUGUAACUCCUUCACAAAACAGAGGAAAUAAAUGCAAUUCUGGUGGCUGCCUGAGCUCACAAGUAGGAUAUUCUAACCCCUCCGUGGUCUCUAGCGCUUCUUCUGUGAUUGCUGAUCUACAACUGAGUGGCAUUGACUGGGAAGGAACAUCCUUUAGUGUUUCUUCGGCUCAUGUUAAUGAUGAUUGUUUAGAAUCUGAGAGGUGUACAUAUAGUAAUUCUACUGGACAACAUGUUCCACUGCAUUGUGAAACAGUAGAAAUUAUCCCACUGUUUUCUAAUUCUGUACAAUGUGAGAAAGAUCCAGCCAGCAGUGUGGACUGCUCUUAUUUAAGCAGCAACCUUGCUGAAGGACAAAAUCAUUUAUCUUCAAAAGAACAAGGAAUUCUAAAGCUUUCUGCUUUAGAGCAUUUUUCCAAGCAUCCAAAAGUAUCUCUGCUAAGCUCUUUGCAACCGAUAGAACAAACAAAAGGAACUUCAAGCCCCGAAGGUGAAUUUUCAAAUGUUUUAGCACAGCAAAAUGACAGACUUCAAGGAACUGAAAAUGCACUACCCAAAAAACAUCCAAGGGAAUUCAGCUUAAAAAACAAUACAAAGCUGCUCAAACAAUCUGAACACAAAGCACAAAAACACACUAGUUCAAGCACUUCCAUGUCUGUGGAUCAGUGCAUUGAAGCCGUAGAACCAACUUACUCUGGAAACAGACCACUGACGUUGCUUCCUAAGCCACUUAGGAGUGUGUGUCAAAGUGGGUAUUCUUCUAGUGAAGACAGCGAGGAUGGAGAUGAGCCAGGUGAGAGGAAGGUUUCUAGAUGGCAAGAGAAGUGUAAGUUGGUUCAAUUCAAGGAGAAGAGCCAUGUGAAAAGUGAUCGUGAAUCAGAACUUGAAAGUAAUCUGAGGGAGAGGAUCCUGGGCACAGAUUUAUCUGUUGAAGAGCAUUCAAAACCUACCUCUGUUUAUGUACACAGUUCUCUGAGACCCAAAGAUAUAUCCUGUCCUCAUCUCCGAGAGAGCAGAAGUGGAGCUGAUGAGUGGGUCAAUAGCCCUCUGCCUUUGUCUGAAAGGCUGAAACUAAGGCUUUAGAGCCCUUAAAACUACGCUUCCUUUCCGUUUGCUGGACACUUACCUAAUUGCAAAUGCUCAAAAAAAAGGUUAAAAGCUCAAAAGAGAGCUUAAGAAAAGAAGGAAAUCAUGAUGGCUGGUACAGGCAUCUGAGAUGAAAAUAUUGUCUAAUCUGUUUAAAUGGAGCUUGUAUUGGCUGCCCACAGCUGCGAACUUUGUUGACCAUGCAUUCACAAAAAACCUUCUAUUUUAGCUGAAAAGCAUACAUUUCAAACACCGCCACACCGCAGUGCCGUUAGGUCUAUCCAUUAAUAAAUGGACCUUUAUCCCCGUCAACAGAUGUCUCACUGCAAAGAACCUUGCUUAUACGGAGCUGGAUGACAGUGGUGUGGUGGUGAUAAGUUAUGUGUGUACACUUAAAUUUCCUCCAGCCAAUGCUCUUGUGCUGUCUGACUUUUGCCUGGGGACAAGUCAAGAAACACUGUAGGGGUAUGAUUUAAUUCAUGAUUCAUUGGUAUCAGGAGCUCCUCUUCUGUAAGAGGUGCAAUCCGCUCUACGUGUCAUAGCUGAGCAGGUAUCACCUCCUCACCUUUAUCAUGACAAAAUCCCAAAUUAAGUUCAAGCCAGGCAAGCAUGUACGACCUAUUCAAAAUAUCUUCCAGUUAAACUGAAUGUGUGCUGUUAGCCUGUCUAUGGGGGGUGGGGGGGAAUCUGAACACUUUGUUCUAGGAAAAUCAAGUAAAUUAGUACCAACUGAAUAGAUCAGUGGUAAACGCUGAAAUUAUGUUUUUGCUGUAUCACUUUUCCUUUUGAAUAAGUGAGUUGCAGCCCAAAGUCUUUGAUUUAAAUGUCAAAACAGAGUGACAGGUACAUUUCACUUCCAGGCACAGGAGAUGAGAUCAAUUUAACUUAAAUCUGAGUGGACUUACUGAAACUCCUCGUAAUCACAUACAAACAAAGAUUUCAGAUUAGUGUAUUUGGGAUUGCACUGAAGGUCCCAAUUUAUAAUUUUUUUACAUUCCUAAUUGUGUUAUAUUGUGACCUUAGUGUAGUAACAUUUAUAAAGCAUUAUAAAAUUGUGAACCUUGUUUUAAAUAAUACCUUCAUUUAGACUUAGUUUAGCCAAGAUGAGUCUCCAAAUACCAGUAGCCUGAAUGAAGCCCAAAGGACCUUAGGUCUAUUUUAAAUACUACUUCCAUAGAAUUGUUUUCCCCAGUGCUGGAUAUUGCAUGACUUAACAUCAUGUUAUUUUCGCCUUUCUUAAUAAAAGGUAUCACAUGGCUUUUAUUUUAGGAUUUGCCAAAACAGCUACGUGCAAGCUCUGCCUACUCUGGGAAUAUCUGCAUUUAGCCAGUAGGGUUCCUCAAGGAGAGGGGAAAGAACCUAGAAGGAUACUGUGCUUAUGUGUCUUCUCAGAUCAACAAAUACUACUACCUAAUUAGCUUCUAUUGACUCUUUACAUAGUGCAUCCACUCAAAUUAAUCUCCUGUAUUAUCAGUACAAUGACUACUGCAUUUUUUGUCUGCUCUUGGGCCUUGUAAGGGAGCUGUGCAUUGUGUUUGGUGAUAGACAAUUGAUUCUUGAUUGGGAGAGGAGAGAUCCAUGUAUGCUACCCUGAGUUCCUUGAAGGAAGGAUCAACAUGUGAUAAAGACUUUAACAACAUGGCGUGACACAUCCUUUAUUUUAUAUUUUAAAUAUACAGCCUGAUGAAGAGUCAUGAAGAAC